AUGUCGACUUCAUCGGCUCCAUCGCAGACAGGUGGCUCGACUGGCCGAGCGGUCUCGAUGCCCAACAGAUGGCCAUCCAGAAAGCUCUUUAAAGAAACAGUCUCAAUCCUUGUCGGUCCCAACAAAGAAAAGUACAACCCACACAAGGACUUGUUGUGCUUCUAUUCUGGUUUCUUUCGUGGUGCCUUCAAAGGACCUUUCAAGGAGGCAGCUGAGGGCAAGAUUGAGCUACCUGAUGUAAAUCCCGACUUUUUCGAGGCAUUCCAAGUCUGGCUCUACUCGCACUCACUACGCGAUGGCGACAAUAACAAAGACUCGUCUAAACGUCCGCAACUCCUUCCGUGCCGGACUUUGGCUCAACUUUGGGUCUUUGGCGACAAAUACGAAAUCUCACUCCUUCAAAACGAUUCCAUCGAUGCUCUGCUUGGGAAGCUCGAAGAGGAAAACCAGGCCGACGUUGCCAUCGUGCACAUUGCUUACCAGAGCACCAUGCAGGGUUCUCCUCUUCGCAGAUUCGCUAUAGACCUCUGUGUGUUCAGAAUGGGUCAUCAACCAGGCGAAAGGACCAUAUUCAAAGAUCCCGAUUACCCAAACUGGAGUGUAGAGGCCCUUGUCGACUUUGCCCGCUGCAUGAGUGAUGCUUGGCAGCACAAGUUGCCCUGGCGGACUCUACCCACGAGAGACAAGUGUCAUUAUCACAUUCAUACCGCCGGCGAGCGUUGCUAA